AAGAAGAAGCAAUAACCCGAUUCAGCACCGUCUUCUGCGUCUUUCACUAUCGUCAAGCCCGGCCGCAUUAAAGAAGAAGGGAGGUUAGGCAUCGCCGAGGAUCACACUGACAUGUCGAGGGCUCGUGUCUACGCUGACGUUAACGUCCACCGCCCCAGGGAUUACUGGGAUUACGAGUCCCUCACCGUUCAAUGGGGUGAUCAAGAUGACUACGAGGUCGUUCGAAAAGUUGGAAGGGGAAAAUAUAGUGAGGUCUUUGAGGGUAUAAGUGUUCCCACCAAUGAAAAAUGCAUCAUCAAAAUCCUCAAACCAGUCAAGAAAAAGAAGAUAAAGAGGGAGAUAAAAAUACUCCAGAAUCUUUGUGGAGGACCAAAUGUUGUAAAGCUGCUUGAUGUUGUCAGGGAUCAGCACUCAAAAACUCCUAGCUUGAUUUUUGAAUAUGUGAACAGUACAGAUUUUAAAGUUCUGUAUCCAACACUGACUGAUUAUGACAUCCGCUACUAUAUAUAUGAACUUCUCAAGGCUCUUGAUUACUGCCAUUCACAAGGCAUAAUGCAUAGAGAUGUCAAGCCUCACAAUGUCAUGAUUGACCAUGAGCUGCGGAAACUUCGCUUGAUUGAUUGGGGUCUUGCGGAGUUUUACCACCCUGCCAAAGAAUACAAUGUUCGAGUAGCUUCAAGGUACUUUAAGGGGCCCGAACUCCUUGUUGAUUUGCAAGACUAUGACUAUUCAAUGGACUUGUGGAGCCUAGGCUGUAUGUUUGCUGGAAUGAUUUUUCGCAAAGAACCAUUCUUUUAUGGUCAUGACAAUCAUGAUCAGCUUGUCAAAAUUGCUAAGGUUCUUGGGACAGAUGAGUUAAAUGCAUAUUUGAGCAAAUAUCAGUUGGAGCUGGAUCCACAGCUUGAAGCUCUGGUGGGAAGGCAUAGUCGGAAACCAUGGUCCAGAUUCAUUAAUACAGAUAAUCAGCAUCUAGUUUCUUCAGAGGCCAUUGAUUUUCUGGAUAAGCUUCUUCGCUAUGAUCAUCAGGACAGGCUUACAGCCAAAGAGGCAAUGGCCCAUCCAUACUUCGCCCAAGUCAGAUCAGCAGAGAACAGCAGAAUGCGGACACAAUAACCAUUGUCUAUGGUGGAGUGGUGUCAUUCAGACUUGCGCACCACUUAAGCUGUUUGUUUGGGUUGUACCAUACAUUUGGUUUCUGGUAGACAAUCCAGUUUAGAGGAUCUUGUAACAAAUUUUUUCUUUUUGGGUGUACAACAUGUUCUUCGCCUUUCUUUUCAGUAGAGUGCAAAAUGAAUUUUAAUUGCUGGAUUCUGUACCCGUUUCUGGUGUUCAUCGUUUACGUUUCAAUAUCUACUCUAUAUUUCAUUCCCAGAUACAAUAUCAACGCUUAUUCAAAGAAAAUGUUUUAUGCAUGUAUAACGAUAUUUACGAAUUUGUAGUCCCUUUGAUGUUAUGAAUUCAAUUUGUAACAGAUUAU